AUGGCCAAGAACGACGACUCCGCGCCGGAUCUGAAGAUCCUCGGCGACCAAAUCACACUUCAACCUAGCGGCUACAUCAAGCCCUCCCAGCCACGCCAUGACGAAAAAGAAGAGGCCCUCAUGAAGCACAUGGCACGCUUCCGCCAGGAACCACUACAGUUCCUCCGCGAAGUCUCUCUCUACGUCUCCGGUACCGGCUGGCGCGCCUAUGACAAUGCUAUCGGUCAACCCAUCUUCUACUCCGGCUUCAGCGAUAAGAUGAAGGAAGCAGUGCUCUCGGCGUCCCUCUUGCAGUCGCGCAUUGCAGACCUAGCUGAAAAGCGUGUCGCUGUCGAAGAGAAGGAAGGCCUGUUGAACAAGCAGGACAAAGAUUUCCUUAUGAAGCGCGCGCGUAGACGAGCUGUCAUCGAGUCUGGGAUUCAAGAGGUGGCUGACAAGAUGACGGACGACAUGAUUUGCAAGUUUGAGAGCAAGACCUUCAUCCGAAGCGCAUACUACCUCGUCACCCAGCUGACGCUGCGAGCCUAUAACCAAGGCAUCCACGUCUCUAGUGAGGAGGUUCUGAGGUUGAGAAAGGUCGCCGAGGAGGCCGAGAAGAAAAAACAGAGCAUCAUAUUCCUGCCCUGCCAUCGGUCACAUGUCGACUAUGUCUCCCUGCAGCUCAUCUGCUAUCGCCUCGGACUCGGCCUGCCCGUCGUCGUAGCUGGCGACAACUUGAACUUUCCGCUCGUAGGGAGCUUCUUGCAGCAUGCUGGCGCCAUGUGGAUUCGGAGAGCAUUCGGCGACGACAUUUUAUACACAACUUUGGUGCAGACGUAUAUCGACACCCUGCUUCAGGGCGGUUAUAACUUUGAGUGCUUCAUAGAGGGCGGAAGAUCGAGGACAGGAAAGCUAUUGCCUCCCAAGUUUGGUAUCCUCAGCUUCAUCCUGGACAGUAUCCUGUCAGGUCGUGUAGAGGACGCCAUUAUCUGCCCGGUAAGUACGCAAUACGACAAGGUCAUCGAGACGGAAGGCUAUGUCACAGAACUGCUGGGCGUGCCCAAGAAAAAAGAAAACCUGGCAGACUUCCUCUCCGGGGGCUCUUCAGUUUUGUCUCUGAGACUUGGCAGAGUCGAUGUCAGGUUCCACGAGCCCUGGAGCUUGCGCGGUUUCAUCAAUGAGCAGCUCACGAGGCUCUCUAGAUUACCUUCGGGUCUCAGUACGGACACAAGGAACCCUGAAAACACCGCCAUUCGGCAGAAGCUUCUUCGAAUUUUGGGCUACAAGGUCCUGUCGGAUAUCAACGAUGUCUCCGUUGUCAUGCCUACAGCUUUGAUUGGCACUGUCCUACUCACCUUGAGAGGCAGAGGAGUUGGCAAAACUGAGCUCGAGCGCCGUGUCCUUUGGCUCACCGACCGUGUGCGCGCAAAGGGUGGGAGAGUCGCUCAUUUUGGAGCCGCGCCCCUUUCUGACAUUAUCGAGCGCGGUCUCGAUGUUCUGGGCAAGGAGCUGGUCGGCGUCGUGAAAGACCUCCCAGAGCCUACCUACUAUGCUGUUGAUCGAUUUCAACUGUCUUUCUACCGUAAUAUGACGAUUCAUCUGUUUAUUUCGGAAGCUAUUGUCAGCGCCGCCAUGUACAUGAAGGUCAAGCAGGGCGGUGGACCCGCUAUGCAGGAUAUCUCCUUCCAAGAACUGCAAGACCAGAUCCAAUUCCUAUCAUCGCUGUUCCGCGGGGAGUUCAUUUUCCCCAGCGAAGGUCUAGCCGCCAACUUGGAAAAGACGCUGCGAGACCUAGAAGCAGACAAGGUGCUGAAACUGCACCGGGACGACCAGGACAAGGUGAUUGUGGUCGGUCUUUCAGAUCACGAGAGAGCUGUCGGACGGGAGAAUUACGACUUUUACUGUUUCCUGAUCUGGCCAUUCAUUGAGGCUAGUUGGCUUGCGGCUGUCUCGUUGAUGGGCUUGUCGCCACCUCUGGGCCAGAAGGACGACAUCUGGAUCGAGGUUGGCAAGGCCCAAGGUAGUGCACAAGUGCUCGGCAAGACACUUUACCACCAAGGCGACCUCAGCUACUUCGAGGCGGUCAAUAAGGAGACAUUAAAGAACGCCUACCAACGAUUUGAAGAGGAAGGCAUCCUUCAGGUUGUCAAAUCAAAGGACCCCAAGGUUCCUCCACGCCUGCGUCUCGACCCAGAAUGGCGGCCCUCUCGCGAUCCGGAGACCGGCAGCCUCAACGCCUCUGGCCGGCUCUGGGACUUUACUGAGAAAAUCGCGUCCAGUCGUCGUGAGGGAAAGAACCGCCGUGAUGGUGCUACUGUCAGCACACGCGUGCUUCGUCUGACUGAGUUGCUGGGAAGCAAGCUGUUUGAUGCUGCUAGAAAUAUUGACGGCAAGGGGGUAUCGCCCCUGUUGAGUGUCGAAGACGCACGGCAGCUGAAGAGGAGCGUCAAGGAGCAGAGGCGGCGCAGGUCGUUGGAAAACCGCGCGCACCUGUAA